GGGGGAGUUCGCGGCCCGUGGCGGCGGUGGCUACAGUGUCGACCUGGGGAUCGAGCUGGAGGGACCUGGGGAGCGUGCGGAGAUCUUUAGCUGGAGCGCGAGGGACCUCCCACCGGGAUGCCUGGGGAGCAGAUGGACCCUACUGGAAGUCAGUUGGAGUCAGAUUUCUCUCAGCAAGACACUCCUUGCCUGAUCAUUGAAGAUUCUCAGCCUGAAAGCCAGGUUCUAGACGAUGAUUCUGGUUCUCGCUUCAGUAUGCUAUCUCGACACCUUCCUAAUCUACAGACGCACAAAGAGAACCCUGUGUUGGAUGUUGUGUCCAAUAGUGAACAAACAGCUGGAGAAGAACAAGGAGACAGUAAUAGUGGCUUCAAUGAACAUCUGAAAGAAAACAAAGCUGCAGAGUCUGUGGAUUCUUCUCAUUUGGACACAUGUGGUUCCAUCAGUCAGGUCAUUGAACAGUUACCUCAGCCAAAUAGGACAAGCAGUGUUUUGGGAAUGUCAGUGGAAUCUGCUCCUCCUGUGGGUGAAGAGAAGGAAGAAGAGGUGGAAGAGAAGGAGAAAGAGGAAAAGGAAGGAGAUAUUUCAGACGAUACCACACACUCCCUUGGUGCUGAAGAUCCUGCCUCAUCACAGCUGGGCUUUGGGAUUCUAGAACUCUCCCAGAGCCAGGAUGUUGAGGAACAAACUGUGCCACGUGAAGCAGACAAAGGGCCUCUACAGUCAGUAACCACCAACUCUGCUUAUACUAGGCUCUCUGAUGUGGAUGCUAAUAUUGCAAUUAAGCAUGAAGAACAGUCUAAUGAAGGUAUCCCCACGGCAGCACAGCCCAGCAAGGAUAUCCCUGUGGCAGCACAGCCCAGUAAGGAUGUACCUGUGGUAGAAGAGCGAAAUUCACCACCUGCAAGGUCAGAGGACAUGCCUGCUAGUCCCAAAGGCUCUCUUGCUGCUGUGGAAACAAAAGAACAAAUAUCUGUUCAAGAACUUCUGGAAGGUGGGAUGCAGAUUCAGAAGUCACCAGAGCCUGAGGUUUUGUCAACUCAGGAAGACUUGUUUGACCAGAGCAAUAAAACAGUAGCGUCUGAUGGUUGCUCUACUCCUUCAAGGGAGGAAGGUGGGUGUUCUUUGGCUUCCACACCUGCCACCACUUUGCACCUCCUGCAGCUCUCUGGUCAGAGGUCUCUUGUUCAGGAGAGUCUUUCCACGAAUUCCUCAGACCUUGUUGCUCCUUCCCCUGAUGCCUUCCGAUCUACCCCCUUUAUCGUUCCUAGCAGUCCCACAGAGCAAGAAGGGAGAAAAGAUGAGCCAAUGGAUAUGUCAGUGUUAUCUGAAGGGAGAGAGUCUUUUCAGAAGAAACUCCAAGGUGAUGAACGAGUAGAGAUAGAAAACCCCCCUCUCCCACCUGAGCCCACUAUAUCACCACAAGCCUCAACACCGGUAUCUCAGAGCACACCAGUCUUCACUCCUGGGUCACUUCCUGUUCCAUCCCAGCCUGAGUUUUCUCAUGACAUUUUCAUUCCAUCUCCAAGUUUGGAAGAACGAUCAAAUGAUGAGAAGAAGGAUAGAGGUUUGCAUAGUUCAUCUUUGACUGUUGAGUAUUCUAAAACUUCAGAGACUGAACCAAAGAAUUCCUCUGAGGAUCUUGGGCUUUCUUUGACAGGGGAUUCUUGUAAGUUGAUGCUUUCUACAAGUGAGUAUAGUCAGUCCCCAAAGAUAGAAAGCUUGAGUUCUCACAGGCUUGAUGAAGAUGGAGAAAACACACAGAUUGAGGAUACUGAACCCAUGUCUCCAGUUCUCAAUUCUAAACUUGUUCUUGCUGAAAAUGAUAGUAUCCUGAUUAAUCCAGCACAAGAUGGCCAAGUAGAACUGAAUCAGAAUGAUGAUAAAACAAAGGGGGUUAACACAGAAAGCAGAGACGACAUUAGUAUUUUAGCUGAUGGUUGCAAAGGCAGAGAAGAGACUGUGGCGGAAGACGUUUGUAUUGAUCUCACUUGCGAUUCAGGUAGUCAGGCAGUUCCCUCUCCAGCUACUCGAUCUGAGGCACUCUCUAGUGUGUUAGAUCAGGAGGAAGCUAUAGAAAUUAAAGAACAUCAUCCAGAGGAGGGGUCUUCAGGGUCUGAGGUGGAAGAAAUCCCUGAGACUCCUUGUGAAAGUCAAGGAGAGGAGCCCAAAGAAGAAAAUAUGGAGAGUGUUGCAUUGCACCUUUCUCUGACUGAAACUCAGUCCCAGGGGCUGGGUCUUCCAAAGGAAGUCCCCAAACAGGAAUGCCAGGAAGCUAUGGAAGUUGAAACCAGUGUGAUUAAUAUUGAUUCCCCCCAAAAGCUUCCAGUACUUGACCAAGAAUUGGAACAUAAGGAUCAGGAAGCAUGGGAAGAAGCUACUUCAGAGGACUCAAGUGUUGUCAUUGUAGAUGUGAAGGAACCAUCUCCCAGAGUUGAUGUUUCUUCUGAACCUUUAGAGGUAGUGGAAAAAUGCUCAGAUUCUCAGUUGUGGGAGGAUGAUGCUCCAGAAAUAGAACCGUGUGCUGAGAAUAGAGCAGAUACCCAAGAAGAAAAGAGUGCAGAACAUGAAGGAGAUCUGAAAUCAGUGACUGCAGAAAAAGAACCUGUAGAGGCAGACUCUUCGCAGCCUCCCUUGACUUUAGUGAGAACAGAUGAUGCUCCAGGACCUGACCAGGAAAUGCAGCAGACCCAACCAAAAGAGACAACAGUGAGCACAUUAAGGGAAGACUCAAAAAUGGCUAAUACAAAGCAGCUGGACUCAGGUGUAGGGGCCCAGCAACUGGAGAAAGCCUCUGCCCAUGCCUCACAAAGCUUCUGUGAAAGCUCUAGUGAAACUCCAUUUCAUUUUACUUUGCCUAAAGAAGGUGAUAUUAUUCCACCAUUGACUGGUGCAACUCCACCUCUUAUUGGGCACCUAAAAUUGGAGCCCAAGAGACACAGUACUCCUAUUGGUAUUAGCAAAUAUCCCGAAAGCACCAUAGCAACCAGUGAUGUCAUGUCUGAAAGCAUGGUGGAGACCAACGACCCCAUGCUUGGGAAUGAAAAAGGAGAUUCUGGGGCUGCCCCAGAAAUGGGUGAUCAAUUGUGUCUGAGAAUGAAAUUGGUCAGUCCUGAGACUGAGGCGAGUGAAGAGUCUUUGCAGUUUAGUCUGGAAAAGCCAGCAACUGGUGAAAGAAAAAAUGGAUCUACUGCUGUUGCUGAGGCUGUUGCCAGUCCCCAGAAGACCAUGUCUGUGUUUAGCUGUGUCUGUGAAGCCCAGCGAGAGGAUGAGGCUCGAAGUCAGGAUUCCCCCUCUGUACCCAUCAGGGGGAACUUGCUCCAUUUUCCAAGUACUCAAGAUGAAGAGAAGGGAAAAUUAGAAGGUGACGAAAGGACCAGGCAGAGUCAACAGCCUGUGAAGCCCAGUAGUCCUGUCAAAGACCCUGCUUCUCCUGCCUCCCAGGAGGUGGCCACACAGGAGCCAUCCAGUCCUCAAGGGGAAGCGAUGGAGACAGACAUGCCAGAAGGCCAGGAAGAAGGACAGAACGCCAGUCAGGGAAAAUCUAGUGAAGCCUUGAUUGAAAGGCCCAGCCAAAAUAACAUAGGAAUCCAGACCAUAGAGCAUUCCCUGUGGGUCCCCGAAACUGUUUCAGCAGCAACUCAGACUGUAAAGAAUGUGUGUGAACAAGGGACCAGUACAGUGGACCAGAACUCUGGAAAACAAGAUGCCACAGUUCAGACUGAGAGGGGGAGUGGUGAGAAGCCAGUCAGUGCUCCUGGGGAUGAUACAGAGUCACUCCAUAGCCAGGGAGAGGAAGAGUUUGAUAUGCCUCAGCCCCCUCAUGGCCAUGUCUUGCAUCGCCACAUGAGAACAAUUCGUGAGGUUCGCACACUUGUCACUCGUGUCAUCACAGAUGUGUAUUAUGUGGACGGAACAGAGGUAGAAAGAAAAGUAACUGAGGAGACUGAAGAGCCAGUUGUAGAGUGUCAGGAGUGUGAAACUGAGGUUUCCCCUUCACAGACUGGGGGCUCUUCAGGUGACCUGGGGGAUAUCAGCUCCUUCUCCUCCAAGGCCUCCAGCUUACACCGCACGUCAAGUGGGACAAGCCUGUCAGCCAUGCACAGCAGUGGCAGCUCAGGGAGAGGAGCCGGACCACUCAAAGGGAAAACCAGUGGGACAGAACCCGCAGAUUUUGCCUUGCCCAGCUCCCGCGGAGGCCCAGGAAAACUGAGUCCUAGAAAAGGGGUCAGUCAGACAGGGACGCCAGUGUGUGAGGAGGAUGGUGAUGCGGGCCUUGGCAUCAGACAGGGAGGGAAGGCUCCCGUCACGCCUCGUGGGCGCGGGCGAAGGGGCCGCCCGCCUUCUCGGACCACUGGAACCAGGGAAACAGCUGUGCCUGGCCCCUUGGGCAUAGAGGACAUUUCACCCAGCAUGUCGCCAGACGAUAAAUCCUUCACCCGUACCGUGCCCCGCGUGCCAGACUCCACCAGACGAGCAGACAUGGGUGCUGGUGCUUUGCGUCGAAGCGACUCUCCAGAGAUUCCUUUCCAGACUGCUGCUGGCCCUUCUGAUGGCUUAGAUGCCUCCUCUCCAGGGAACAGCUUUGUAGGGCUCCGUGUUGUAGCCAAGUGGUCAUCCAAUGGCUAUUUUUACUCUGGAAAAAUCACGCGAGAUGUUGGAGCUGGGAAGUAUAAAUUGCUCUUUGAUGAUGGGUAUGAGUGUGAUGUGUUGGGCAAAGACAUUCUGCUGUGUGACCCCAUCCCACUGGAUACAGAAGUGACAGCCCUUUCGGAGGAUGAGUAUUUCAGUGCAGGAGUGGUGAAAGGGCAUAGGAAGGAGUCUGGAGAGCUGUACUACAGCAUUGAAAAAGAAGGCCAGAGGAAGUGGUAUAAGCGAAUGGCUGUCAUCUUGUCCUUGGAGCAAGGAAACAGACUGAGAGAGCAGUACGGCCUAGGCCCAUAUGAGGCAGUGACGCCCCUCACCAAGGCAGCAGAUAUCAGCUUAGACAACUUGGUGGAAGGGAAACGGAAGCGGCGAAGUAACAUCAGCUCCCCCGCCACCCCCACUGCCUCCAGCAGCAGCAGUACAACCCCUACCCGAAAGAUCACAGAAAGCCCUCGUGCCUCCACCGGAGUUCCCUCAGGCAAAAGAAAACUUCCCACUUCUGAGGAGGAACGGUCCCCUGCCAAGCGAGGCCGGAAAUCUGCCACUGUGAAACCUGGUGCAGUGGGGGCAGGAGAGUUUGUGAGCCCCUGUGAGAGUGGAGACAACAUGGGUGAACCCUCUGCCCUGGAAGAGCAGAGAGGGCCUCUGCCCCUGAACAAGACCUUGUUUCUGGGCUAUGCCUUCCUCCUCACCAUGGCCACAACAAGUGACAAGUUGGCUAGCCGCUCCAAAUUGCCAGAUGGUCCUACAGGAAGCAGCGAGGAAGAGGAGGAAUUUUUAGAAAUUCCUCCUUUCAACAAGCAAUACACAGAAUCCCAGCUUCGAGCAGGAGCUGGCUAUAUUCUCGAAGACUUCAAUGAAGCCCAGUGUAAUACAGCCUACCAGUGUCUCCUAAUUGCGGAUCAGCAUUGUCGAACCCGGAAGUACUUCCUGUGCCUUGCCAGUGGGAUUCCUUGUGUGUCUCAUGUCUGGGUCCAUGAUAGUUGCCAUGCCAACCAGCUCCAGAAUUACCGCAAUUAUCUGCUGCCAGCUGGGUACAGCCUCGAGGAGCAAAGAAUUCUGGAUUGGCAACCCCGUGAAAACCCUUUCCAGAAUCUGAAGGUACUCUUGGUAUCAGACCAACAGCAGAACUUCCUGGAGCUCUGGUCUGAGAUCCUCAUGACUGGGGGGGCAGCCUCUGUGAAGCAGCACCAUUCAAGUGCCCAUAACAAAGAUAUUGCUUUAGGGGUAUUUGAUGUGGUGGUGACGGACCCCUCGUGCCCAGCCUCGGUGCUGAAGUGUGCUGAAGCAUUGCAGCUGCCUGUGGUGUCACAAGAGUGGGUGAUCCAGUGCCUCAUUGUUGGGCAGAGAAUUGGAUUCAAGCAGCAUCCAAAAUAUAAACACGAUUAUGUUUCUCACUAAGGAUACUCGGUCUUACCGGUUUUAUUCCCUGGUGUUGUGGAGACUGUGUUUUAACCAGGUUUUAAAUGUGUCUUGUGUGUAACCGGACUCCUUGCAUGGAUCUUGUAUAUACUUUUAUUUGCUGGACUUUUAUGAUAAAAUAAAUGUUGAAUCUCUGGUUGUAGUAA